AUGGCCUCGCCCUUCUUCAAACGUCCGGCAUUGGGCGGCAUGGCUACCCUGGGGAGUCUUUACGACGCACGCAGCGAUACCUUCCUUCCCCAAGCGCUUUUCAAAGAGUUCCCACUCAGUGUGGUGGAAGAGAAGCCCAACAACCACCUGGAUGCGUAUAUCAGCAAGGCAGUCACCUUCCACCAGAAGCUUGUUGAACUUGGCAUUAGCCCUGAGCUUGGGGCCAGCAUUCUGGCUGGUCUUGUCCCAGUCAGCGACUGUGGUCUUUACCUCAUCGAUCAACGCAGACAUUUGGACCAUUUUGCUCAGUCUUCUCUCCAUUACAGCAUCACUACGGUCGAGGAACAUCUCAAUCUUGCUGCCAGCGGCAUCAAAGAACUCCUCCUCACCGAUGUCUUGACCACUACCAAAGCUACUCACGUCGUUGUUGGUGUCAGCUGGGGCGCCCAGUUCAUUGUCACAGCAUAUGCAGAAGCCCCAGAACCCGACCACAUUUCUCGCUUACAACACUGCCUUGACGAUGACUUCCAAAGUCUCAAGUUAGCUGCCCUUGAUACCAAUGGCACCGUUGAGCCGGCUCCAAACCGCCGUCAGCAAGAGGACCGCGAGAUAUUCAAAGGCUGCACGCUGUCUGUUUUCAACAAUGCCCUCGAUGGUGAACCGAUCACGCCAGUCUCUGCUGAAUCUCUUACCUCCCUUGUUGGCAAACUCCGAGGUCGCCUUUCAGCUACCAACAACGGCAGAGGAAAUCCAGUGCAAUAUACGCUCGUUCCCUUGUCGCUCCUUGCCUUCUUCAAUCUUGUCGACGUUCAUACAGCGUCGAUCAUCCGUCAGCCGAACGCCAAAUACCUGGAUUUCUUCAUCCAAUCCCUCGACGAGUGGGCUGACGCACAACAGCAUUUCAACCGUUUCGCUGCACGAUGCGAGAGAUUCUCCACAGCGCUUCCACCGGAUCAGGUCCGCUUCAUCAUGAGUCAACCUCGACUGGUCCAGUCAACUGAACUUUCCUUCAAGUCCUGCUAUGGAACAGCUCUCCAGGCCUUCCGUGAUGGUAAAGGAACAGAGGAACAGCUUCACACACUACUUAUGAACGCUAGAAACCACAAAUUAUCCCCUGGUUCGCUCCGCGCUAUGAUGAACGACAGCAAGAGACUUGAAUUUGCGGAGAAUCUCUGCCACUUGGGCGCAACAUAUCUUGGUUACGGAUCGCCGAUGCUGUCAACGAUUCUGUUGUGCAAAUCCCAUGAGGACACCUUCGUCUUGAACUUCAGCUUCAGCUCAUUACAAACACCAGAGGGGCAUGAGACUAUCGACCUAUUCAGGGAACUUCUUUGCGGUAACAAAAACAAAAAGUCUUUGAUGCUGGCCGUCGAUUGUGAUGCCGUUGGGCAACUGCUGGACAAGGUAUACAUCUGCCAUUACCGAAACGGCCGAGUUGUGGUCGAGGAUUUGCUGGAACACCGAAAGGUAUUGAUGUCGAAUUGUACAAUGCAGUACGACAGCGAUGCGUUGGACCGCUCCAUCACCACCAAGCCUGUUCGGAGAAGACCUGUAAAGGUUUCUUGUCCGAAUACUGCUUGCGACCAGUCCCUUCGAUGCCAAUGGAUCUGUGCCUCAUGUUGUAGUCUCGUCGAAUACGGCCAUGUUGAUGACUGGCUCUACUGCGACUGCGGAGCGACUCCAUUCUAUCGCUGGACUUUCAAAUGCCAAGAUCAGAGACACGGGACGAAUUGGUCACCCUACGAUCGAUCUACGCUUGCUCAACUGCUGGACGAGCUCAAGCCCUUUGAUGAGCUGAACAUCCUGAUCCUCGGUGAGACAGGCGUGGGGAAGUCAACUUGGAUCAACGCAUUCGCAAAUUACUUGCAGUUCGGCGCUCUCCAAGACGCAAUUGAGGCAGAGGCCUUGAAGUGUUUGAUACCCUUUUCCUUCAGCACCCAGCUGAAAGACGAAUCAGAUGCAAGCGGGAGAUUUGUCCAAAAGGAUAUCAGAAUGGGAAUCAGUCAGGAUGAACAUGAUGGAGCCCGUGGGCAGUCGGCUACACAGUCGACGAACGUUUACACUGUUGACAUUGACCAGACGAGGGUCCGUCUCAUUGAUACGCCGGGUAUUGGCGACACCAGAGGUCUAAGCCAAGACAAGAAGAACAUGGCCGACAUACUGGCAGUGCUUCGCAAGUACAAGACACUUCACGGAAUCCUCAUCCUUCUCAAGCCAAACGCUUCCCGACUGACAGUCAUGUUUCGGUUCUGCAUCAAAGAAUUGUUGACCCAACUUCAUCGAAAUGCAGCCACCAACAUCGUCUUCGGCUUUACUAACACUCGGGGCUCCAACUACAAGCCUGGCGACACAUUCAAGCCUCUUGAGACGCUCUUGAACAACUACAAAACGGUCAAGCUUGGGCUCUACGAGCACAAUGUCUACUGUUUUGACUCCGAGAGUUUUCGCUACCUUGCAGCUCGGAAAAAGGGGGUUGACAUGGGCCUUUUUGAGGAUAAUGCCCGAAGCUGGGACUAUUCUGUCGCUGAAUGCAGGCGUCUUCUUGACUACUUGAAAGUCCUCGAACCGCAUAAUGUACGCAGCACGGUCAACCUGAACGAAACUCGCGACAUCAUCGUGAAGUUGACAGAGCCAAUGGCACGCAUUACGCAAAAGAUCGCCAGCAGCAUUGCCGCCAAUCACGAUGCUAUCAUGGAACUUCGCACGGCAGAGCUUUCAAGGGAUGAGCUUGUGAAGAGUCUGUACGUCCAACGGGAUACCGUCGAGUCAUAUGAAGUUGGACAACCUCGCACAGUCUGUACGCAUCGCAGAUGCGUCGAAGUUCGGAGCGGUGUUCAAGGAACCAACGAGACGACGGUGGUCUACAAAACCAUGUGCCACAAACCCUGUUAUCUUAAAGAGAUACAUGUGAAGAGAAACACUAAAGGGCACGAGGGUCUGAAAAAGUGUGCAUCAAUGGGCCCCAACGGAUUCUGCAAUGUUUGCAAUCACAAUUACAUGGAUCACAUGCACAUCUAUUACGACUACCGCUCCAGGACCUACAAGUUCCAGGACAAAACAGUUGCCAAUGAUCUGCUUAAACGAGGCACCGAACUUGAACUGAAGCAAAAGGCCAUCGAUAUCAAGAAGAAGGCGAUUGAGGAGUACAAGCUCGAAUAUGCACAGGUUCAAGAGGCAACAAUUCAGUUUGGGUUCUUCCUGAAGCGUCAUGCUAUCGAGCCCUACAAUGACGCAACAGUCGAGUACGUCGACCAUCUCAUUAACCAGGAGCGGCUCAAAGUCGACAGUGGAGGACGCAAAGACGCCCUGGAAAAUCUCGAGAAGUAUAGAGCCGAACACCUUGAGAAGGUGGAGGCCCUCAGCAAAGCCAUUGCCUCAGGGGAUACUGAUUACCAACUACUCGAUGAUCAAGGAGUUCGUGAGCAGGUGGAUCGCUUGUAUUCUCUACCCCAUUUCGGUGAGGACCUUGAACGCAUUGUCAAGAUCAAUGAAAAAGCAGUCGAGGCGUCGUUCAGAGAGAAGUCCUACAACAUCUCUCUCGGAAGUCACUGGAAAAGUCAGUCCCACAAUCGUUUUGAUGUGCUCUGUGAAGAGGAAUUCCCUAACCUGCCGAGGAAUGGCAACACUUGGGGUUCGGGGAGACGAGCGGCGGGAGACGCAGUUGAACAGGUCAUGGAACAGGCUUUAGAAUGGAUGACUGACAAGGUCAGAACCUUCAACUGGCCAAGAUUAAUCGGCUCGGCAGCUUUGGAGAGACGGGGCUUGUAAUGUGGCAUUGGCUGAUAUAAAUGGGUGGUUACCGAUGAGGAAAGUAUUCGCGUAUCUUCGAGGAGGUUGGAUAGAUUGGGGCUGUUAAACGUGUGUACUUGAUUAUUUUUGUCUUUUCCUUUCGAUUUAUUACUGUGGCUAGUUAAGUACCUCUGAUGAUAAACAAUACUUGAGAUCUUUGCUGCUC